ACUGAUAGCAAGAGCAGCAGUAAUCAGCUGCUAUAGGUACAAACUAAGCUAUAUACAUCUAAUAAUAUGUGACGUGGCAAAACCGACGCCGAAGCGAACAGAUGCUCACAGUGGUCUUGCCCACAGCUGAUUCACCCAACCAACACCGCCGCGCGUUCUGCGCCGUCACGUAGUCGACGAGGCGCUGUAAACAAGAAAGAGACAUAUAGCAGGCGCAUGUUAGCGCCAUCGUUGACCUGCGACAACCACGUGCUAUCGUUGACCUCUCUCUCUUUCUCGCUUUCUCUCUCUAUCCCAUGAAGAACCAUGGGAACAAGAUCGCUGAAGAAGAGGCCCCGUGAGAUGCAGGAGAACCCUUCCAUGGCAGCCGCUCCUCCUCCACGGCGCAAGCCUCGCGCUUUAACCGCAGUUUCCAUUCUUCUUUCCGCUUCUCUCGUUGUUUCCGUCAUCGCUCUCUUGAUCAUUUCGUCGAACAAGUUGCGCGCGUUCCAACGUGGGGUUUCCUAUGAAAUGGUCACUGUGGUCAAUGAGUUCCCUCACGACCCAGAAGCCUUCACCCAGGGCCUUCUUUAUGCUGGAAAUGACACCUUAUUCGAGUCAACUGGUAUUUAUGGGAAGUCAUCUGUCCGGAAAGUAGCUCUUCGAACUGGGAAGGUUGAGGAUCUUCAGAAGAUGGAUGAUUCUUUAUUUGGGGAAGGUUUAACUCUCCUCAAUAAUAGGCUGCUCCAAGUAACAUGGUUGCAGAAAACUGGUUUCAUAUAUGACCAAAAAAAUUUAAGCAAACUAGGGACAUUUAAUCAUGAGAUGAAUGAUGGUUGGGGUCUGGCAACUGAUGGAAAAGUCUUGUUUGGAAGUGAUGGCAGUUCAACAUUGUAUCAACUUGAUCCUCAAACAUUUAAAGCUGUGUCAAAACAAGUUGUCUACUAUAAGGGUCAUCAAGUACACAAUCUCAAUGAAUUGGAAUAUAUAAAUGGUGAAGUUUGGGCAAAUGUUUAUCUGACUGACUGCAUUGUAAGAAUCUCUCCCAAUGAUGGGGGUGUUCUUGGAUGGAUUCUCCUCCAAAAUUUAAGGAAAGAACUUAUUGAAGCUGGGAAUAAUGCUAUUGAUGUUUUGAAUGGGAUAGCAUGGGAUAGUGAGCGGGAGCGGGAGCGGAUUUUUGUGACCGGAAAACUGUGGCCAAAGCUGUAUGAAAUCAAGGUUUCUCCUAUAAAGAAACCAAUUGAAGAAGGGGUCGUUGAACAGCUCUGCUUGCGUAGGCCUUUCAGUUUUACAUGAUAUUAGCUGUUUCUGCAUUAGUUUUGAUAUCUAUCUGGAAGAAUUGGGAGCUAAACUUAGUUUUAGAAAUGUUACUAUGGCAUGGUCAUUUUCUAAAUAUAUUCAGUUGAGAGAAUACCUUAACCUUUCUAGUAUCAUUCUUAUGUAGCAGAUCAAGAAUUUUAUUAAGGCAAUAUACAAUGAGAGAGGUCAAUCAGUCCUUCUGUAUGAUCGUGCAGAGGAUGUAAGUAACGGGGAAGUGUAGAACAAAGGUAAUUUGAGAGUCAUACUGAAAAAGAAUGGAAAUACAACCCCCAAAAAAUGGAAAAAAAAGAAUGGAUGGCUUUAGUGGUUAAGUUCUUUAAUUGCUAGUGUUAUCACAAAUUGAGACUUCUGGGUUCACCAUAUAUUGAUGUGUAGAUACUAUAUUGUAUUAUGCAUUGUGGUGGCGGCGUGUCCACAGG